GGCUCCCGAGUUGUACGGCACUUUGAAGGUUGCAUCUCUAGCCACGGACAUUCGACUUGGAGAUGACAGGUGGAAACAAGCCUUAAUCAGCUCGGUAAUACCAAAUCCUGAGGAACCAUAGAGUGAGAGAGAUGUGGACGCGUAGAGGCACGCGACAUUGCUUUUGGCUGGUGCUGUUCAUGUGUAUAUGGGUGUGUAAGGAUGCUGUGCCCAUCGCCCUGGACAACAAAAAAGUCGACCCCCCAUCAGAGAAGCUGGACCCACCAGAGAGCGCAGACACUGGACUGCACUAUGACCGCUACCUGAGAGAGGUUAUUGACUUCCUGGAAAAGGACCCGCACUUUAGGGAGAAGCUCCACAACACUGACAUGGAGGCCAUCAAGCAAGGGCAGCUUGCAAAAGAGCUUGAUUUUGUAAGCCACCACGUAAGAACCAAACUGGACGAGCUGAAAAGGCAGGAGGUGAACCGGCUCCGUACUCUCAUCAGAGCCAAGCAGGACAUGGAGGGAGGGAAAGGUUUGACGAUGGAUUAUGAGGCUCUUCUGAGGCAGUUUGAGCAUCUGAACCACAUGAACCCACACACGUUUGAGGUGGAGGACCUGGACCGACUCAUCAAAUCAGCCACGAGCGACCUGGAGAACUUUGACAAGGAGCGGCACGAGGACUUUAAACGCCACGAGAUGAGGAAGGAGCACGAGCGACGUGAGCACCUGAAGACACUAGAUGAGGAGACAAGGAAGAGAGAGGAGGAACACUACGAGGAGAUGAGGCGGAAGCAUGCAGACCAUCCCAAAGUCAACCACCCUGGAAGUCAGGACCAGCUGAAGGAGGUGUGGGAAGAAGCGGAUGGUUUGGACCCUGAAGACUUUGACCCAAGGACAUUUUUCAGCUUGCAUGACACCAAUGGAGAUCACUACUUUGAUGAGCAGGAGCUUGAGGCACUAUUCACUAAAGAGCUGGAGAAGAUCUAUGACCCUAACCAGGAGGAGGAUGACAUGAUCGAGAUGGAAGAGGAGAGGCUAAGGAUGAGAGAACAUGUCAUGAAUGAGGUGGACACCAACAAGGACCGACUGGUGUCCCUUCAGGAGUUCGUUGCUGCCACUAAGAAGAAGGAAUUUCUGGACACAGACCCCUGGGAGACUCUGGAGCAGAAUCAGGCCUACACGGACCAGGAGAUGAGGGAGUUUGAGGAGCAUCUGGCUCGGGAAGAGAACGACCUCAACCAGAAGACUGUAGACCUGCAGAAACAGAGGCAGGAGCUGGAAAGGCAACAGGAGACACUCAACGCACAGAAAGUAGAGUUACAGCAGGCGAUGGAGCAUAUGGACCAGCUGAAACAGCAGAAGACCGAGCCGGAGGUCAAGGGUAAUGUAGCUCCAGUUUCUCUUGGUGAGGGAGCCAUGCCAGUACUCCCAGGAGACAGCCAGUCUUUCUCACCUGGGCACCAGCAAGACUCACCAGUACAAUCUUAGCAUACCCUGCUCUGUGUGUGUGUGUGUUUACUGUAUUUGUUGUGUUCUAUUUGUUUGUUCGUGCAUCUGUUUGAGAAUGUGUGUGUGUCUGGGCAAACUCUCUACAGCGAGUUUUCUUAUGUCUAUUCUAAAUCAGUCUGAAUGUUUUAAGUUGCUUGACCAGACUAGACUGAUUAGACUGAAAAACAUGCAUCUGGGGCCAAGGUCCACAACGCCUUCAUUAUAAUAUAUAUAUAUAUAUAUAUAUAUAUAUAUAUAUA